AUGGUUGUGCGCUGCGCGGAGGGCGCGGAAGGCACAGAGCGCACGGAGGGCGCGGAGGGCGCGGAAGGCGCGGAGGGCGCGGAGGGCGCGGAGGGCGGGGAGCGCGCGGAGGGCGGGAAGGGUGCGGAGGGCGGGAAGGGCGCGGAAGGGGCGGAGGUCGCGGAGGGUGCGGAGAGCGCGGAGCGCGCGGAGGGCGCGGAGGGCGCGGAGGUGGGCGCGGAGGGCGCGGACCGCGCGGAGGGCGCAGAGGUCGCGGAGGGUGCGGAGGGCGGGGCGCGGAGGGCGCGGAGGGCGCGGAGGGUGCGGAGAGCGCGGAGCGCGCGGAGGCGGAGGGCGCGGAGGCGCGGAGGGCGCGGAGGGCUUGCAAACGCGGAGGGCACGGAGGAACAUCCACGACCGAAAUUGGCAGAUUUACACACCUUUUCAAUGCAAGCAGAGGAGGUGAGCCGCCGCCAGGUCGGGGCUGCAGACACAGCGGAAAAGCUGGCAAAGCUUUUCCUUCUUCGGUGCUGGCACCAACGCCUCACCCGGAGAAGCUUCCGCAUCUUCUUGGGCCGGCAAGGGGUCUUCAGCCUCAUACUGGUGCACCUCGGCCAUCAUGGCUUCAAGGAGUCGAGGCAGAAGACAAGAAGGCCGACACCGGGCCGACAGGAGCCCAAACACCUAAUCAUGCGCGCCGAUGGGCCGACACGGGCCGACAAAGGGAAACCGUUAAAAUCCUUAGAAAUGACCAUGGAAAACCGUUGGGCCGACACGGGCCGACACGCGGACCCAGGGCCAGCCAGCGUAGUCCCCGAAGCGGGCCGCGCGGAGGGCGCGGAAGGCACAGAGCGCACGGAGGGCGCGGAGGGCGCGGAAGGCGCGGAGGGCGCGGAGGGCGCGGAGGGCGGGGAGCGCGCGGAGGGCGGGAAGGGUGCGGAGGGCGGGAAGGGCGCGGAAGGGGCGGAGGUCGCGGAGGGUGCGGAGAGCGCGGAGCGCGCGGAGGGCGCGGAGGGCGCGGAGGUGGGCGCGGAGGGCGCGGACCGCGCGGAGGGCGCAGAGGUCGCGGAGGGUGCGGAGGGCGGGGCGCGGAGGGCGCGGAGGGCGCGGAGGGUGCGGAGAGCGCGGAGCGCGCGGAGGCGGAGGGCGCGGAGGCGCGGAGGGCGCGGAGGGCUUGCAAACGCGGAGGGCACGGAGGAACAUCCACGCGCGGAGGGUGCGGAGGGCGCGGAGGGCGCGAGUGCGGGAAGGGGCGGAGCCGCGAUCGCGCGGAGGGCCGCGGAGGGCGCUGAGGGCGCGGAGGUCGCGGAGGGCGCGGAGACGGCGGAGGGCACGGCGGGCGCGGAGGUCGCGGAGGGUGUGCGUAAGGGCGCGGAGGUCCGCGAUGGCGCGGAGGGCGCGGAGGGCACGGAGGAACAUCCACGUGUCCCUUCCCGUGCCCAGAGCUUCAUCACACCAGCUGCCAGCAGGACGGCAAAGAUCUCGGGUGGAAACUUCGAGCCAGAGGACCAGCGCCUGGCAUGCCCACGCCGUGCCUUUGGCGCCGAGGGUGCUCCUGAGGCGCUCCGUCGCGUCUUCCAGACCUGGCACGCUUCACUGCUGCUCGGACAGCAGACUGGCGAUGCAUCUGUGUCCGGUGUGACCGUGGACAACAAGGCGAGUUAUCGGGAUUUCCUCAGCGAGGACUGGACAAACGGCACGGUUCGGGAAGCCGUGUCCGCAGCCACAAGGACCACUGCAGACUUGCAGUAUGCCAUUCAGGACAUCUAUGCCGCCAUGGAAGCUGCAAAGACGAAAAGGAAGGACCUUUGCCCGUUUGGUGCGGCUUUUGCGAGAAUCCUGGAUGAGGCGUGCGUGCCGCCCGAGUGCAAGGAGGACUGGACGACCUGCGCCGGUGACUCCGACAAUCCGAAAGGGCAAGCACUGCGAUCACAUGAGGUGCCCAUGACUGUUUUCGAUUUCAUGCCAGAGAUGCCAAUCAGGAUGAGCUACAACGAUGCGACUUCCUCGUUGCGGAUACACAGCCGUGUGAUCAAGGCUAUUCGCCAAGCUCUGGCACAGCAGGUGCGAAUGCCACUCGAAGCGGUUCGUGUGACGCUUUCGCCCGAGAAUUUGGUGCACGCGCGGAUUGGUUCUGCGAGCAUGCAGUCGGCCACAUUGUUGGUGAUGCAUGCCACGGAAAGGAACGGAAGGUCGAUGCUGGAUGCGAUCAACUCGCGCCUGGCAAAGGACCAAGAGCUGUUGAAAUUGAGUGGACCGUUGAUGCGCCUGCGGCUGAAGGUCACAUCUCCGAUUGAUCCAGAGCAGCAAUGUGCAGAGAUGCCAAAAACGCAUCGCCAAUCCGAGCAGCCUGAGAAGAAGGUGCUCGCGGCCGAGGAACAGCGUGGACGGCCACAAGAAACAAAGCUGAUCUUAAACAGCAGCAUUGAGGCCAUCUAUGCCUCCAUGGAAGCUGCAAAGACGAAAAGGAAGGAAUCGCCUUCUCCUACACAGCCGUCGACAACUGAUGGUGAUGAUGGCGUAGCCUGCAGCUACAUGUCGCAGUCGGAGUGA